AUGGAUGAAGAAAUGGAUAAGUAAAUUAAUAUUUUUCAAAUAAAACACAUUAUGAAGUUAUAUAAACUAUAAUAACACUUAUAUUUUAUUUAUUGAAUUUAAAUGUUAUAAAUCGGUAUUUUAAAUAUUGGUUUCUAUAUUAUGAAUUCUUAAAUCUUAUAAAAUAUAAAUACUUUAAUAAUAUUUUAAACUUCACUAAAGUAAAAUCAUAACCGUCAUUUAAGGGGGGGGCAAAGAGUAUGCCUUUGCCCAAUCCUAGAUUUUAAAGUAGCUUUGGGCUGCUUUGGAUCCACAUGAGCCAGCUGCUAGGUCAACACCCAUUAGAGUCUAAGACCCAUUAGGGGUCAUGACACAUACAAAUCAUAAUCAUAAUCAUAAAUUAUAUGAUAGUUGGGGUAAUCUCUGUUUUUAUUAUUCUAGUUUUCUGUGUCCAUAUAGUACUUAUUAUUUAUUGUAUCUUAAAACUUAUUGGAAUAUCGGACCUCUGCCCGUAAUAUAUAAAAAUAAAUAAAUAAUGAGAUGAAAAUCAUUGAUCAGUAAUCUACGGUAAGACAAGUCAAGCACAAUUUAAAAUAUUAAGCUGUAGUCGGGGGACUCAACAAGUGGCUUUGUUUUAGUAUGUGCUUAAAAGUUUUAUACUUAUUAGCCCAUUCAUUAUUAUGCCCUACACUCGCAAAUAUUUAAAUGACGCUGCUAAAUAAAAUCGACUGACUCAUUGUGAAUACUAAAAUAAAUCAUCAAUGCUUACACCUAUUUUUAAUUUUAUUAUUUAAAAAUUUAGAUUCGAACAAGAUAUCGGAAUGAUUGGCCUAAGCAAUAAUGAUGAUAAUAGUUCUAACGAAAUAAAAUUGCAUGGUUAUAAUUUACAUAAAUCUUCUCUGGAUGUUGUAUCUAAAGAAAUCGAUUCUUUAUUACAGAAUCGACAUCAACGCACAUCAACUUUUAUUUCUAAGUAAGCCAAUACCUAUAUAAAAUACCUAUUAUGCAUUAUUAUACAAACUACCUAUUAUAGUAUGAAGAUAUAACGUAUAGUGUAAGCAUAUAUUAUAAAUACUCAGUAAACAACAAUUAUACAUAGUAUAUUUAUAUACAUAUUAUAUGUAUAUAAAAUAUACCUAUCGGCUAUAAUAAUCAGGGGUGGAUCCAGGACAAGACAACGGGGGAGAGGGGUUGAUUUUGAAAAUGCAUUUUCACGUAUUUAUGAUGAGCUUAAUGAUGCUUGAUGUAAAACGCAACUAAUAGUAUAUUGGAGAGUAAACGGGGGAGGGGGGGUGAUGGCUCUUAUCACCCCCUAGAUUCACCAUUGAUAAUAAUACGUGUACGUAUAUUAUAAACUUAAUGUACUUAUACUGUGCGUAGAUAUUUAGUGUAUAUAUAUAUAUAUUUAAUUUAAUUUUAAUAUCAUUUUGGAUCAAACACACACAAUUCAAGUAUAUUCUACGGUUAAUUAACAUUAACUAAUACUUUUUUUGGUCGUAAAGGGAAAAGUUUAAAAUUCCGACUGGGUCGAAAUCCCACCAGGGUCAAAAUUCCAACAGAUAAUAUCCAUAAUAUCCUUAUCAGUGUCUCCCAAGGUUAUAUAGGUGUUUUCCUAAUUAUAUCCCUUAAAAUUAUAUGCAAUAAAAACCAAUUUUUUUUUUUAAUACUUAUCUUAACGGUCCUUGUAGGACCUGAGCUGCCACAAGCAAACCUUUCUAUCUCACCUUGUCAAAUGCUAGUUCUAUUGAAAUAUUUUUAUCUACCGUUUACAUGUCUUUCUCUAUUGCAUUCUAUCUCGUUCGUGAGCUACCGUACUCUUACGAAUGGUUUCGAUAAGGGUUCUUUUUAAUUGAUCGUUUUCGGCUCUCCAUACGUGUCAAAACCAUUCUAAUCGCUUUUUCUUAGGUACCUACCAUAUUAUCUACCUGAACGUGCUAUUCUUUCAUUCAUAUCAUUUUUACUAUUUAUGUUCACUUCCAGAUAUUUAAAGUUUUCUACUAUUCCAAAUGUCAAAUCUCACAUAUUUGUACAUCAGGCUGGUCUUUGUCAGGUGUACCAUUUGAGGGAUUUAGACUAUAAUUUGGCAGUCCUAUUUUUAAAAAAAAAAUAUUUGUGGCCCGCAUAAAAUGUUAUACAAAUUUGAUAAAAUGUAAACUGAAACCGCUGCCAAUUGGCCGGUAAAGCCGUUGAAUGUUUAUUGUCACCAUGGCUUCACGAAUUAAGAUAGUAUUAUCGUAUUAUCAUCAAUGUGAUUAUAAUGUAAAACAAAUUGACAGUAAAGUAUACAUCUAGUAUGAUAUUGAAAUUUAGUUUUUUAAUUUUUUUUUAACAGAAAUAUUUUUUUAUAGUAGGUAUUUGAGUAUUAAAAUGUAAAGUGGGAAUACGAGUGAGCAAAUCGAUCGAACAUUUUUUAAUUCCCGCAAAAUAAACAAGAUAUUAUAUAAAUAGCUUGAUAGUGAAAAAAAUUACAUCCCUAUUGAAAAAUUUAAAUAAUGCUCCAGGUCUUCGUCUCUCUUCGAGAGAACCGUCAAUUUAGUGUUUCCUCGUUAACACAUAGGCCGGAUAGACCCAUUGAUUUGCUAACUGCCUCGAGUUUAGACAUUGUCUGGACUAUAUCUUUGUCUUGUAUUAUCUAAAAUGACUAUAUUAUCUGCGUGGGCUAAUAUUCUGAUUCCCGACUACCUCCACUCAGGGUCGGGAACAAGGUAUCUCCUUGUCGUAAUCCUGAGUUGAGUUAGAAAUCCGAUGAUAGAUCUCCGAGAAAUAUCAAUUUCUCUACUUUUUUUGGUGUUGCACUGUUUAACCAUAUAUAAUAUCAUAUAUGUAUACAUGUAUACAUGUAUAUUGUAUAAUGACUAUAAUUUAAGACUAUAGUUGAUGGAACAUUUACGUACAAAAUUAAAUGUAAACUCUUUGGUACCUACACGAAAAUUAUGUACGUGCAAUUUAAUAUUAUAUUAGGUUUAGAUGCGUAAAUUUAGUACCUAUAUGGUUACAUGAAAAAUCAACUAAAUGUCUACGUUUAUUAUACAUGCGAUGUUUACUGGGUUAUUUAUAUUAUGUUUUUGCACUACCUAAUCAACAUUUUUAUAGUAAUUAAUUAUUGUUGAUUGGUGUAUUAUUAUUCAGAAUAAAAACGAAAUAUUUGGUAAAUAAGUCGACUGAAGUAUUAAAUAAAGUACAUGUAGCGAUUGCUGCUGCAGGAUGUGCAUCAUCGUCCUCCAAAAUCAUAAUACCAUUGUGUAACAAUAACACAAGAGAAAAGCAAUUCUAUCGAAAAGGGGGUGGAAAAGUCUGGUAUGACCCAACUAUGAAGCAAUGGCCGAAUCGUUAGUAACCCAUUAUUUUACAUUACUAACUUAUACUUUUUUUUCGAAAUUAUAAAUUUUUAAAUAAUUAUCGAUAGGUACCUAACUAUCUAUAAUAUCCGUACAUUUUAGAAAGUAUAACAGGUUCAAUAAGUACUUGUAGUCAAGGCCGUAUUAACUAUUAGGCACUGUGCUUAGGGCCUACGAGAAACAUCUCAUAUACGAAAAUAGGGCUAAAGCUUAAACAAAUAUACUAUUUAUAUAUAAUUUAUAAUUGAAUUUUAGCUUAAUCCCGAUUGUUAUAUGGAAGGAUCAUGCAUGACCAUUUUGGAUGCGAUAAUGACUUAUAUUAUUAUUGUGAUUGACGAUUAGUGUCUUAUCGUGUUAUAAUAAAUUGUAAAUACAUUCAAUGAAGUAAAUAUACAUUGAAUAAAAUUUGUACUUACAAAUGGUUGAAGAAGUGUUUGAAAAUUUAUGAAACAUUCUAAAGUGCGCUAUCAAUGAAAAAGGAAAUUAAGUUAUGUUGUAUUAUGUUAACGUAAUAUAAAUAGAGUUAAGUACAAUCGUAUUAUAAUAAAUUAGGUAUGAUCACCGAAUAAAUGAUACCUCUGCUCUUCUCGCUUCCGCCAUUCAUCACUUUAUAGACCAAUACGGCGCUAGUCAUCUUUCGCCACAUUGGUCUGAUUUUUUAUUGGUUGAUGAUUACGUAUUCAGUAUAUUGCGAGUUAAAUCAUGAUAUCAAAUUAUGCUCUAGCUUAAUAGCAUAAUUCAAAAAACCGUCAAAAAUUAUAAACAAAUCAGAGACAGCGAAAAACCAGCGCCAUAUUUGAGCAAUUUAUUAUAUCAUGGGUACAAUUUUUGAACAAUCAUGUACUCUGUUCCUUUCAAGUCGAUCAUAUUUACCGGGUGUGCUGAAUUGAUUCCCUUUAAAAAAAGGUAUUUAUGAAGAUUUGCCGAUUUGGUUCCUGUCUAAAUGUGUGAUGUUAUUCACUACUGGUCAAAUUGGUUAGCAAGCACGGAUCUAGAGCAAAGAUCUAGAGGUGGGAGGGACCCAACAUAACAUAACAUUAUGUACAUUAUUUUCUCAUAGAAUUCUCAUACAAAAAUUGAAGAAAUAGUAUGUCCGAGGAGUCUAGUCCCCCCUGGAUCCGUCCCUGUUGGUUAGGACUGUCAACAUAGAAGUAAAGUAGUUAGUAGGCAUGAUUUAAAAUGUGCAUAAAAUGAAGUCAUUACCAUCUACAUUUUAAAUUGUUUUAAAAGUUGAAAUAGAACAAGUAAUCAAGUAACAUCACUUAUCUAUAUAAAAUAAUAAUAAUAAAAAAUGAAGGUUGUUGGUUGAGAUAAUUUGAAGCAAACUUUUUUCAAAUAUUUGAACUGUGUAACUGUAAGUGUCCCAUUAUCGGAUUCCGUCACACAAUUUUCCAAGUAUUGUAGGUAUUUAUUGUAUUAAUGAAGGCAGUGGCGGAUUCUGAAAUUUAACUGGCCCGGGGGAAUUUUGUUUCACCGACCAAUUAUUUAUUUUAUGUAUAUAUAUCGGUGGACACGACACAUUUAACCACCUUAUCAUAGUCGUCAGGAUAUCAUAUUAUCUUUAAAUCGUAAUCGUUUUUCUCCUUAUUAUGCAGUGUGCACAAUACCACCUUAUAUAAUACGUCAUAGGUAAUAAAAAAUAUUUGUGUCGAAAAAUAAUAUUCUUAAAAAUAAAAAGAACAAUUUUAAGUAUAAAAUUAGUUUUAUAAUAAUAGGGCCGGUCUUAGAGCCACGACUGGGCUCCUGCCCAUAGGGAGACUUCCCGGUCUUGCGGUGGCACAAUCCGCCACUGAAUAUAUAGGUAAUAAACGAGAACCAAUUCGAUGUAUGGGGUAUAAGCUCGGGAAUCAAUUUUGUACCUAUAUAUUAACCUGUUUACCAUUAUAUAUAUACCUGAACAUAGGUAAGUUGUAAGUAUAAUUAAUAGAGGUAGGCAGGUACCUAUACGAUAUAAAAUAAAAAUUAGUUUAAUUUUCUUUUAAUGAUUGAUUUAGUCUCUCAAAUAAAGUAUUUUUUUUUAAUUACCAAUAUUGGUAAUGUUUCUCUUCAGAUAAUAUUUAAUUAUGUAGUAUACCUUUUACAAUACAUACAUACAGAUGAUUUUCGUUUAUUUGUGGGAAAUUUGGGAAGAGAAGUCAAUGAUCAUUCGUUGAGUGUACCAUUUAUGCAGUAUUCUUCAUUUAUUAAAGCCCAUGUAGUAAAAAAUCGCCGAACAAGUAUGUCACGUGGUUGUUACGGAUUCGUAUCAUUUGGAAAUUCGGCAGACUAUUUGCGAGCUAUUAAAGAAUUAAACGGUAGGUAAUAUAUAUUCACACAAAGUACCAAUGAUUAUGAACUUAUAAACAAAUAUUGGUAGUAGGUAGUUAGGUACCUAAAUACCCACUAUAAAUUUCCUGGUGUACCUAUAAUGAUUUGACCAUAUAUAGUGUCCCAUAAAGUGUAAAACUAUUGAUUAUUGAUAUUUAAAUUACCAUAAUAAGUAAUUUAUGCGUUAUAUUUAAUGGUUCUAAUACAUUUUUAAAAGCUAAAACUAAUAGAAUUUUUUCAUACAUUGAUUGAACUACUGAUCAACCAUUCUUAAAUUAGGAAUAUCAAGAAAAUUUCUUAGCUCUUAAAAAAUGUAGAAAUAUUUUCAAGGAAAUUAUGUGAGUUAUAAUUAUUUCAAUGUUUUGAUUAACUCUUUGGAUUAAUAUUUCCGCGUGAAUUCACAUAUCGUUAAGCUAUAAUGAACAUAAGUUCGGUUCACUUUUGUAACAUUUGGGUUCUUAAACCAAAGGCAACAUUCAUUUUAACUUCGGAAAUUAAUAAAAUGACUAUGAAUUGUCUAAAUUUGACACAUAAAUUCGGCAUUUUAAAUGCAAAUUACGAAAAUUCAACUAGUCAAAGAUAAUAAUUAAUGUAUGAUAACUCAAAAAAAACACAGUCCCAGGCUCUUCAAUAUAAACACAGGGUGACCUAUUGAGAAUGAAAUUACUACUUAGUACCUAAUUUUUAUUUUCAAAUAGCAAACUAUGUUAAAAAUUAGUUAAAAUAAAUUUCAAUGUUUAAGUUUGUAAUUUCCAUCAAUUUGUUAUCGAGACAUUACACUUACGUGGAAGGGAAUGUAGUGGAUUAUCGUUUAUGUAGGCACUCGGCGUUUGAAUGUUUCAAAAUUCUACACUCAACCUAACCAACUAAAGUUCGAUAACGGGUUGAAAAAAAUAUACAAUACUUGGCGAAAUAAUAACUGUACCUUUAUAUUUUCUGUUGGUAGUUAAAGUAUAUUCCUUUGUUUCUCUUUAGGAGGAAAUAUACCUAUGUACCUCCUUAUUUCCAUUUUAAAACUAUUUCCUAACUUAAGCAAGAUUGUAUAUGCAAAGAUAUGGUAAAUCAUUUUUCAAUAUUUCAAUUUUUUGUUUUUUAGUUUACCCGGUUAUAUAUAGUAUUAUCAAAUCUGUAUCUUUGUAUUCUUCUGAUUAUGUAUAACUUACUAAUCGGUUUUGGAGAGGCGGAUAGUAUUAAGAACAUAUCUUGUAUUCCAUUUGCCCCAGGGCCCAUUUUUUUUGUAAUAUUUCGUAUUACACAUUAUUUGGUUUAGAUUAUAAAUUCAUGGUCACAAAAUAAAAUUUGCCCCCAUACCCUUAAAUACAGUUAUUUCACUCAUUUUUCUACCAUUUAUAGUUGUUUACAAUAUUUUUUUAAACAAAUAUUUCCAGGUUUAAAUUUUAUCAAAGAGAAAUAUAUGGGUAAUGUAAGACAUAAACUUAAAAAAAAAAAAAUUACAUAAUAUCAACUAAAUUGCACUUUAUUUAUACAUUAUUCGUUCAACAAAUUUGUUUAAAUAAUCAUAACGUUCCUAAGUUUUAAUUCCUUUUUAAAAGUCAGUAAACUAAUUAUAACAAGCAUACAGAUAACAAGUGUUAAAACAUCACUAUAAUAAAUAACCAAUUUUAAAAUACUUUGUAUUUGAUCAAAUCUCUUUGAUAUACUUAUUCUACAUUUGUUAAACAAUUAAAAAAUAUUAUAAUAAAACAUAGUUUAGAAAAAUUUUUGUAAAACAUUAAACAUUUUAUAAUUUCGUACUACACAUGACAGAUUUGGUAUUAUACACAAAAAUAAGCUCUAAUUUGUCCUUAACAAAAAUUUCACAUGAAACUGAAAAAUUGAAAAGUUUGUUUCAUCCAACGAGGUGAUAUUGAACCCGUCUUUCCUUUGUGACAGUUUUAUGUACAUUAAUAUCAAAACAACUUAUAAUUACAGUACUUCUAAGAACUUGUACCUGAACCUAUUAUAGUAGUUAUAAUUAUAAUUAAAUACUUUUAUUUAUUUUUUAUAUACGGUUACAUACAUAACAAAAUAGUUUUGUUUGCAGUAGAACAAAGAGAAAAAUAUAUUUAACUUAAAUAUUAUAAAUAAAUAAAAUCAUAAUAAUUACGCAUUGUACGUAUCCAGCGUAAAUUCAAAUUGCGUUCGAUGAGUACGAUACCUAUUUAUCUACCCUAUACUAGACCACCGUAGGUCCGUGAAACAUACCAUCUGACCACACAAUUAAGAUCCAGCACAACGUUUUACACCAUCGAAAAAACUUAAAGACGAAUUUAAUCGAUAUUUCCCAGAAUAUAAUAGUAUAGAACCAAUAGGUAUUUGGAUACUUAUCGGUACCUAACGAUUUCGAAGUAUGAUUCGAAGGUUUGACGAAUUCAACCCAACCAUUUUAUUGUUAAAGUCGAUGUUACUUGAUGAUAUCCAGGAAAAUUUUAUUAAGUUAAAAACGAAAAUUUUUUUAUGUAAAAAAAAACUCAUCAGCAAAUCGAAGUUGUCCGAGACCUAUUGAAAUUGGUAAUCCAUAGUGUCAAAAAGGAUUAGAGCCAUUGAUCUAGACUGUGGUUCACAAUAAACGCGAAGGACUCUUGUUUUUUUUAUAAUAUUUACACAUAUGGUACAACAAAAUAUACUCGUAGAAAGCAUAGGUAUAAAAUACUUUUUGUAAAGUAAAAGUACAUAAAAAAAAAAAAUUUGCACGAUGGGUGGGCUACUGUUAGGUGAGAAGUAGGGAAGGUAGGAUAUAGAAAGGAAUUUAAUGUACACUGUACGCAACGAUUAAUCAUUGCUAACGAAAAACGAUUCUGAGCGGAGUUCGGUUGAUAGUGUUCAUUUUUUAACAAUAUAUAUACCAUAUAUGGCGAAAUAAUUUGCAUAAUUUCUUUAAAAAUAUUUGUUUAAUAUUGUACAUGUUUUCCCGUGAUUUUUUUCGGUUUUUUACAUAUAUUCGGAAAUCUUCUGGGAAAAUCAAAAAAAUGACCUCCGUAAGGACCACCAACGUCAAAUAUUCUUUCAAGAAAAGCGCUUUCAUUGUAAAUCGGAGCGAAAUUGAUAGUAAAAAAAAUAUUCAUAAAUAAAAAAACAUUGUAAAACCAAAACAUUCUCCGCUCCACUUCAUAUUUAUUGAAAAUAAUAAAUUUCGUGUAAUUUUCCCGUUUUUCACAAUUAUUUUGGAAACACCUUGGAAAAUCAAAAAAUGAAAGUUUAUGUUUGGUAGAAAUAUUUAAUAUCUACUUAUUCGCAUGAUGCGACGUCGGAUGCAAUCACUAUCAUAAAUUGGAUAGGUUGCAUCAUGUAUAGAGGUUUGUUUUUAAUAUCAGACGCAAUUAGAAUUUAAUAUAGACUAUCAACAUAUAGCAUUCAUCACGUUUGACGGAUUUACGUUGGACAUGCCGUUAUAACAUUGAUACAAAAAGGUGUUAAUGAAUUGUAAUCUCAAUGUGUUAGAUGAGAAAUAUAUUUGAUAAUUAUUUUCAUGACAAAAUAACUUUAUUUUAUCAUGUGUAAACCUAUUUUAUUCCUCUUUUCUUACAUUGAAUCAAACUGUAACAGUGGUGUGAAAAACGGGGAGGGAAUGAUUAACCCCCCAUUGGUAUUUUUUACUCUACCUAGGUACGAACCUAUAAUAAAUAUUAAUAUAACAUAUAUAAUUGUUUUAAUGUAAUUCACCGUUGGAGACAUCUGUGUACGCCACUGAAUUGUAAUUAACUACUUAUAGUUAUAAGUACUAGUAAUAUAGAUAGUUACUUAGUUACCUACACAUUGUGACGUGCCUAUGAGGUGGUGGAUGUAAAUUGAACCUUCUGCAGUUUUAACAAGUUUAAAAACAAUAUAUAAGAUUUUUAUUCAAAAUAAUCUACCUGCUUUAAACAAAUAAUUUUAGGCAUGUCCUUGCCCUACACAUGUAGGUAUUCAUAAUUCAGUUUAACUUUCCUUUAUAGUUUAUAUUAAAUACAAAUUAUGUAUAUAAAUACUCAACUGUUUUAAAAAAAAAAAAAUGUUUUGAUGAUUUCAGGAAAAUAUGUUGGUAGUCGUCCAAUGAAAAUUGAAAAAAGCAAUUGGAAAAAAAGGUGUUUAGAUAAUAAAUAG